AUGCUGUUCAAGACCAUGUUCAUUCUCGCCUCGGUUGCCACUCUAGUCAACAGCCAAUUCGACCCGACAUCAGUUCCCAUCGCUACAAGAGAGGCCUGGUGUGGCUCCCAAACAUCUGCAUGUCCCCUCCUCUGCCUGCAAAUACCAGGGGCCUCGGGCACACCGAUAUCAAACACCUGCGAAGCCGAAACACUACUCUACUACUGUCUAUGCAGCAACAAUGUCACCCCCAAUGCCACCGAAUAUUCCCAGACAAUCCCCUACUACACCUGCACGGAAUCCAACAACCAAUGCGUCCUCAAAUGUAACGGUGAUUCCACCUGCCAGAAUAACUGCAGAGUCAACAACCCCUGUGGAGCCCAGGAUCCCAAGCGUGUCAAUGUCACUACUACUACUACCACCACCAAAUCUGCUACCCCUGCUGCAACCGAGACCCCUGUCAAUACCAAUAUCAAUGGCAAUGGAGCUACUGGCGCUACUGGCGCUGCUCCACGCAUGGCCUUGGUUGAUAUGAGCCAUGUCUAUGGGCUUUGUGUUUUGGUCGGUGGGUUUGUUGCCGGCUUUGCUACUCUCUUGUAG